UCUUCAGCUGCAAACCGUACGUACAUGAACGGUCGGUGCUAAAAAUUUAUGUGUGCCAGUUUGUGAAAUAGUGAAAAAAAUCCAAAUUUAUUUCAUUUAAAUAAUGAAAAAGCUAUAAGAGGUGCAGAAAAAACAUUAUUCGCCAAACAUUGAAAAAUUUGCUUUUAUGUAAAAAUAGAGCAAUACGUAAGCAGUAGGAAGAGUUUAAGGGUUGAGUAGACGAUUUUGACAAUUUUUAUAGGAGAUGGAAUUCAUGAAUCUUAAAUAUCGGAGCUAAAUACUCAGAAAUUUACGAAAAGUUUGUUGAAGAAAUUGAAAUGGAAAAAGCGCUAGAAAGUCAUUUAUAUAUAUAUAUAUUUCCUUAGUUUUUUCUUUACUCUUCACUGCUAAUUGUAAAAGUGAAUAAGCAAAAAGUGAUAAAGAAAGGCCACUUCAUUAUAACUAAACAAAUUAUUUAAGCGAAAAUUAAUAUAUAUAACGCAUUUAAAAAAGUCUUAUUGUAUCUUUGUGUGUAUAUUUAAGACUGCAAGAAAACGGUGAUGAGAUGGCUUGCAAAAAACAAGUUGAAUACGCGGCACAGGAAAACAUUAUCGAUCCUACAAAAGAAAUUUUUAAUUACGAAAGCACGUAGGUGCAGCGAAAAAGUGUUUAAAAUCUAAGAAAUCUAUAAAGUUUAGUCUACAUAUACGGCACAUUGAGUUAGUGGAUUUAGGAUUUCGAAAGCUGCUUGUUUUGCCAAAUAUAUUUCAAAAUUGCCUUCUAUGAGUUGACGGCCGCUCACAGCGAAAUGAAAAGGCAAUACAGUCAGCGUAUGCCAAUAGAAUCAAAGCCGCAGCAAACAUAUAAAUAUCGUUUAAAUAAUAAAAAAACCGUAUUAAUUUCCAUUGGAGUUGAUGAGAAAGCAAAGUAUUAUUGGAAUUAACAAUUAAAAAAGAAAAAAAAAAAACAUCGGUAGUUUUCGACAGAAAUCAUCAUCUCAAGUGUUAUCUCAAAAGUUGACAACAAUUGAAAUAAUACAUUAAAAGCGUAUAGACUACAAUAAAAAUUAAGUGCAGCAAUUGCAACCAAAAUGAUGAAACGUACGCGUGUGGAUGAAGUCCAAUACGGCACGCGCCCUGGUCCUGGAGGUGUGGGUGGUAGUGGCGGUGGAGGAACUGGCGGAACCAUAGUGGGGACCUCUAAUCCCGGUAAUACAGUUAAUAUCGGCACUAUUGUUCCCGGUAGCCAUGCUAAUACCAGUUUAAGUGUCGGUUUGUCUGGAAGUAAUGCAACUGGUUCAAUCCCACAUCAUCGCAUUUUAAUACCACCACAUGGUGGAGCACAGACAAUUGCUUAUUUGCCAUCAACAACACCAGCAGCGACAAACAUGAAAGGUUCUGGUGGAAUGGGGGAAAGUAGUAGCGUUAGCGGCAAUUCCUCGAGUCAUGAUAAUAUUGGAGGAUCCAGUGGCAAUGCUGCGCAGUUAACUGGAGGAACAGUUGUAACUUCAGGUGGCGGAACCGCGGGGACUAUCAAUGCAGGAACUGUCCACACACAAGCUGUACAGUAUUCUUCAACUUCCUACAAUGUUACAACAGUAUCUUCCAGUGUUGGUGGUAAUAUAAAAGCAACUACAGAUGGACCCGUGCAAAUUCAUGUAACCGGUGGUGGUGCAGGCAGUAAUGUACAGAACUCUGCAUCGCAGCCAAAUUCUCUGCGAACACGUACAAUCAGCUCUUCUCAAAAUAUUACAGUAGGCAGUGGAACUGCACUGAAUGCACCCCAACCUUUGGCAGUGGUACCACCGUUACCAACAACAUCGGGUCAACAGCAAGGUCCUCCACAAGCUGGUCAGCCACAAGGUGGUCCUCCACGACUUAAAGUGGAGGAUGCACUUAAUUACUUGGAUCAAGUAAAGUUCCAAUAYGCUGAUCAGCCACAAAUCUACAACAACUUUUUGGAUAUAAUGAAAGAAUUCAAAUCCCACUGCAUUGAUACACCCGGUGUAAUUCAACGGGUGUCAACACUUUUUAAAGGCCACCCAGAACUGAUUUAUGGCUUUAAUAUGUUCCUGCCAGCCGGUUAUAAAAUCGAAAUACACUCAGAUGAAUUAGGCGUUUCAGUACCCGUUGUAUCAAUGCCAUCAUCGUCGCCAAACAGCUUGCACGGUAGUAUGUCUAAUUUACCCGGAAGUGUUGGCAAUAUCCAAACACCACUAAUACUUAAAUCAAAUCAGAGUAAUUCAAGUAAUACUUCGAAUACUAUAGAACUCCAACAAAUACAUGGUACCAGUAGCGGUAACGCAAGUGUGGCUGUCAAUCUGAUGACACACGGUGGCGCAUCAUUGUCGCAAACAACAAUUCAUGCACUACAGUCACCGGCUUCACAGUCUUCACCAAGUGGAGCGGGAAUGACUCAACAACAUGCUCAAGUUUCUGUAUCGCCUGCGCCAUCUUCCGUUGCCCAAAUUCAGAGUGUGACAGUGGCACCAGUUGCGGCGGCACAUUUACCACAAAAUUUUUCAAGAGAUCGAGAGCGUCCUCCUAUAGCUCCGGCCAUAGUGACUAGUAGUAUAGGUGGCGGUCCACCCACACUUAAUGCGCUUGGCGAAUUAAAUCCACAAAUAAACAACGCUGUCAGUACUGGCAAUAUUGGUAAUACUGGAGGCAAUGCACACCAUAAUCUCCACCACAUUCAACAGGCGCAUCAGUCAUUACUAAUGGGGGAAACUGUAGGCCAACAAAAUCAGCCGGUCGAGUUCAAUCAUGCGAUAUCGUAUGUCAAUAAAAUUAAAAAUCGUUUCCAGAAUAAGCCGGAAAAAUAUAAAAAAUUCCUCGAAAUUCUUCACACUUAUCAGAAAGAGCAGAAAGUGAUUAAAGAAGGUAGUCCCAAUCAAGGGAAAACAUUGACCGAACAAGAGGUGUAUACACAGGUUGCAAAGUUAUUCGGUCAGGAUGAGGACCUCUUGCGGGAAUUUGGUCAAUUUCUUCCGGACGCCACGAAUCAUCAAGGUGCGCAAUAUAUGUCCAAAUCGCAUAAUGACCACAAACGUUGCAGCUCUAACAUAGCUGUGGGCCCAAUGGCUAACAGUGUUAGUGGCGCUAUAAGCGUUGGAGGCGGUAGUGGCCAUCACAUGGCUAUGCCAUCAGCUUCUAGCUCUCCGCUACAUCUCAAUAGUGGUGCGACAUUGUCACAGAUUGGUGGUGGUACGCAUGCAACGGUAUUAGGAAACUUAUCUGCUGUGAAUACGAGUGUGAGCAUCAAAUCGUACAACAACACCCAACAGCAGCCUCAAAAUCAUGUGAUCAGUGCGAAUGCAGUUGGAGGCCGUGGUGGAGACGUAGAUUAUGCACAUCAUGUAACGCUUCAUUCUAGUAGCGGUGUUCAUUUGAAGGUGAUACAUGAUGGUGUUCACCACGAUUUAAAUGUCGGCUCAAAUAUGCGCAACUAUGAGAAGGACACGCACCGCAGCAAUCACCACGCUAUUACGGGUCUGAAAUAUUCACACGGAGCAGGCUCCAAUGUUACUGGAGUUACCAGCCACUCUUCGAAGAAGUCGCCAAGCUACAAUUCCGGAUUUGGUGCGAUAAGCGGCAGUGGCAAUGCAUCAAUGAGUAGUAGUAGCGGAAUUGAUCGCACGUCGAUUAAUAUGAAUUAUUCGCACCAAGUACUCGGUCACUUAUCGGCAACGCGUCGUCCAGCAAUCGAUGAUGGCGGUAGUGGCAGUGGCGUCAUGGGUGGUGGACCACCGCCGCCUAAAAAGCACAAGCCGAUUUGUAAGGACAUCACGUUUUCGGAGGCUUCGCGAAAGUGUACCAUAUCCGACGCGGCAUUCUUCGAUAAAGUGCGCAAAGCAUUACGAAAUCCUGAUGUAUACGACAACUUUUUGCGUUGUCUUACACUAUUCAACCAGGAGAUUGUAUCAAAGACUGAACUGUUGAAUUUGGUAACGCCAUUCUUAAGUAAAUUCCCAGACCUACUUAGCGGAUUUACUAAAUUUUUGGGACAACCCGUGUCGCAAAUGUCUUCGAGCGGUAGCGGCGGUACUGGCACCGGCAUAUUCGGUUUGGAAGAAAUACCAAUGCAAUCUGCACAUCGGCAAAGUGGCGGCCUAAGUAAUUCAGGUGCAAUAAACGAUCGUCAAGGCGGUGAAUUGGCACAGGAUAUCGAUUUGACGUCGUGCAAACGACUUGGUGCAUCCUAUUGCGCCUUGCCACAGUCCAUCGUACCGAAGAAAUGUUCUGGCCGUACAACGUUAUGUCGUGAAGUUCUAAAUGAUAAAUGGGUGUCAUUUCCAACUUGGGCCAGUGAGGAUUCGACAUUUGUAACUUCACGUAAAACACAGUUCGAGGAAACCAUUUACAGGAAUAUUCACAGGACGGAAGAUGAACGUUUCGAAUUGGAUGUGGUAAUUGAGACUAAUAGUGCAACAAUUCGUGUACUCGAGGGUGUGCAGAAGAAAAUGUCACGUAUGUCACCGGAAGAUUUGAGCCGAUUUUAUUUGGACGAUUACUUAGGUGGCACCUCACAGACUAUUCACCAAAGGGCUAUACACCGGAUAUAUGGUGAUAAAGCAGGCGAAAUAAUACAAGGUCUGAAGAAGAAUCCCUCGGUUGCGGUGCCAAUAGUGCUCAAACGAUUGAAAGUAAAGGAAGAGGAGUGGCGCGACGCACAAAAAGGCUUCAAUAAGCUGUGGCGUGAGCAAAACGAAAAGUAUUACUUAAAAUCACUCGACCAUCAGGCAAUAAAUUUUAAACCAAACGACAUGAAGGCGUUGCGUUCCAAAAAUCUCUUCAAUGAAAUUGAAACAUUAUAUGAUGAGCGCCACGACCAAGAUGAUGAAAAUGGUGAACCUAUUACUGGACCACAUCUCGUGCUGCCAUAUAAAGAUAAGACAAUACUGGAUGAUGCAGCGAAUUUGUUAAUUCACCAUGUAAAGCGUCAGACUGGUAUACAAAAGCAGGAAAAGACAAAAAUUAAGCAUAUAUUGCGGCAAUUCGUGCCCGAUUUGUUUUUCUCCGCCCGUCAACCAUUAAGUGACGAUGAACGUGAGGACGUAUUCCCAUUUUUAAUAGAUGACARCGAAAAGAUGGAUGUCGAUUGCAAUACAACAGGUAAUCGGAGCGAACGUGAGUUACAUGCCAGCAGCAGUGGCUGCAAAGGGAGUAGAACAUCAAGUGGUAGUACGUCGAACACCGAUACAAAUUGUGGUGCAAUAGGCAAUUCCAAGUCCGAUGGCGCUAUUUCACAUGACAAAAAUUCUUUAAAUUCAUCGACAGAUAAUAGUAUUUUGUUGGAAAAUCUCAAGAAUGGUGAAUCGAGUGCAUCAGCUGUAAAUAGUAAUAACAGUACUGGUCAAAUAGAAGUUGCGGAUCACAACACUGGUAAUACAUCUGCGUCCAAUAUAUUGAGCGCGGGUGAAAAAGCCACCUCCAAUAAAGAUUCCAAUUCGUCGUCGCUGGCUAAGGGUCAAGUCAACAAUAUUAACGCUGUUGACGAUGUGCAUAGUGCAGGUCGUUCAUCAGCCGAAGCAAUGACCAAACCCAACAGCACUGUAGCAUCUUCUACAACAUCCACAACAGUAACGGUGUUGUCUGAAAAUAAGACGCAAGGAAAUAGUAAUGUGACCGGCGCUGCUACGGUCGACAAUACAUGUGGACACAAGGAUACAGCCGGCAUCACAUCAUCAUCUAACACAAUAACACCAACUGGGUUAAAAGCUGGUGGAAUGAAAGAUGCAAAUGAGAAAAAUAAUAGCAAUGCUAUCGACACUAGUGCGGGUACAAAUGUAACAACUGCCACCUCAACUCAUGCCAGUGAUUGUAAUUCUGUUGAUYCAAUAAAGAUGGAAAUUAAGGAGGAAACACCUGAUAUGGAUGUGGACAUACAGCUGCCACCUCAUGCUGUCAGUAAACAUUUGGAGGAGGCGUACACACUUUUCUUUGCCAACAACAAUUGGUAUUUAUUUUUGCGACUACAUGCUAUUUUAUGUGAGCGGUUGUGCACAAUGUACGAACGAGCGCAAAUGUUGGCCAUCGAAGAAGAACGUCACCGUACAAAUCGCCGUGAGAGCACAGCGACAGCUUUAAGACUGAAACCGAAACCUGAACCACAUGUGGAUGAGUAUUAUCCAGUAUUUCUGGAAAUGCUGAAGAAUGUACUUGAUGGUAAUAUGGAUUCGAAUUCAUUCGAGGAUUCUAUGCGUGAAAUGUUUGGUAUACAUGCCUACAUCUCUUUUACACUCGACAAGGUGGUUUCGAAUGCUGUCCGUCAGCUGCAAAAUUGUGUCACUGAACGCGGUGCACUUGAGUGUGUUGAAUUGUUUCAUCAUGAGCAACGWCGUGGUGGUGCAGGCAGUUAUUGCCGCGAUGCGCAGAAGAAUUACGCCAACGAAUUGGCAUACCAGCGCAAAGCUGAAUCUAGUUUACACGAGGAGAACUGCUUUAAAGUAUAUAUUUACAAAAUUGACUGCCGUGUAACGAUCGAACUGCUCGACACUGAAGUUGAUGAGGCGGAAAAACCUUUAAAUAAAGUGAAAUCCUGGAGUAAAUAUGUAGAUCGUUUAGCUAAUCCCGCCGCGAAUAGCAUUAGCAGUCAAARUGUUGCAAAUUUGUCCAACACAAAUAUGGGUGGCACCGCGAGUAAYACUAGUGCCGUUACUACCUCAAGUAACUGUAAUGCGAUGGGCAUGCCGACCAUGUCAAGCAGUCUAGCAGGUGCAAACGGCGGUGAAAUUAAGCUUGAGCGCAUGGAUGAUGACGCACUGGAUGCGCAUGUGAUAUGUAAAGCUCGCUUCCUCAAACGCAACAAGCGGCUGGCCUGCAUGCGCGCAGAUCAGCAUACACGUUUGCAGCAAUUAAAAUCGGCGAACGCCACAACGAACACCGGCAAUAAAAAUGCAUUAACUAAAGCUUCCGCUGCAGCAGUGGGAAAUGUAGCGACAGACGCUGGUAGCGCCGGUGUCACCACAGACAGUAAUGUGAAUAGCAGCAGUAGCAGCAGCGAUAACCAGGCGACRGCUGGCAGCGAACCGCACUGGAGUUGGAAUAAGCGACCGCCAGAACGCGUUGGUAGCAUUGUGGUGGGCAGCGGUGCGGAGAAGUACUUCGUCAACGACCGCGACGAAAUCAAAUUCAACGCAUUCGGCCGGCAAGUAAUAGCAAUCAACAAGAAUCUACAAUUGUUCAAAUGGGACUCGGUGCGGCGUGCAAAAUUGUCACACAGUUAUGUAACGCAACGCAAACACAAAUUAUUUCAACGUUUUACACAAAAGUGGUUGGCGGAGCACGUUAGCGAACAGGCGCAACAGCAAUGCACGGACUGGCUGCUCGGCAAGACGGUGCCAAAUAGCGGCAGUAGUAGUAGUAAUGUCAACUGGGCGCUAAAAACCAAGGUGAUACCGCAAAAUGAUGUGAAACGUACGCCAUACCGUGUUUACAAUCGUUAUAAAGUGACAUUCAGCGGCAAUGCGAACAGUUGUGCAGACGUUGCUAGUGGCAACAAUAGUGGGGUCGCUGGCGGUGGCCGUGUAUCAGUUGGCAGUGUUAGUAGUAGUGGUGGUAAUGCGCCGGUAGCGGAUACUCAUCCCACGACGACAUCAACGAAUACGACGCAUUGUAAUAGCACGGCACAGUCGCAGACGUCAUCCAAUGUCGGUCCAAGCAAUGUCGGUGGUGGUGGUGGUGGUGUGCAGGCGACUGCAAGYGUAGCGGCGGUGACGACGCCGUCGGCUCUAACAUCCACAACAGAAGCGUAUAAAUUAGCAACAGGUAGUGGCAAUAAUAACACCAGCAAUAACAACAAUCGACAAUUGGAAAGCUGAAUCUGACCGAAAAAUGCGGUGAGCGCCAAACGUCGACGUUUAAGCGAACGCGCACAGGUGUGAUUUACAGCAAGUAAUACUAAAACAACAGCACAACAAAAAAAAAAAACA